AUGUCAGAAGCUUCGAAACAGAUGACAAGAAAUGCAGAAUCAGAACACGUACAGAAUCCAGAACCAGACCAGAUCUUGAGCCAAAGAAGAUCGUUGGUGCUCACUCAAAGAAAUUGGUGGAUCUCUGUUUCGUUAUGUCUUUUCUUACUCUUGCUCGGAGAUUCUCUCGUCAUGCUUCUUUUGAACUUCUUCUACGUCCAAGACCGUCGUGAAAAUAGUGACCAAGAUCUACAAUACAAAGGAACAUGGACGCAAGCUCUGAUUCAAAACGCUGCGUUUCCAAUCCUCAUCCCUCUCUUCUUCAUUUUACCUUCACCAAAACCAAAUCUUGAAACCAACAAUACUGGUUUCCUCUCUUUCCGUCUUCUCCUUCUUUACUUGUCUCUUGGUGUUCUUGUUGCUGCUCAUAGCAAGUUAUUUGCGCUGGGGAAAUUAUACGCAAACUAUGGCGUAUUCACCUUGAUUUCGGCAACCCAACUAAUAUUUACGGCGAUUUUCACAGCCAUUAUAAACCGUUUCAAGUUCAAUAGAUGGAUCAUCAUAUCGAUAAUCCUCACUAUUGUGAUAUACGUUUUUGGUAGUCCUGAAUUUGGGGGAGAGCCUGACGAAAACGAAGAAUUCUAUAGCACUCAAGCUUGGUUAACAUUCGCUGCUUCAGUUGCUUUUUCAUUAUCUCUCUGCUUAUUCCAACUUGGCUUCGAGAAACUUCUUGUGAAGACAAAGAGAUAUGGCAACAAGAAAGUGUUUAGAAUGGUCUUGGAGAUGCAAAUAUGUGUCUCUUUCGUCGCCUCGGUUGUUUGCCUGAUUGGUUUGUUUGUGAGUGGUGAGUUUAAGGAGUUGAAAGGUGAUAGCGAGAGGUUUAAGAAAGGGGAAACGUAUUAUGUUUUGAGUUUGAUCGGGUUGGCUUUGUCGUGGCAGGUUUGGGGGGUCGGGUUAAUAGGUUUGGUGCUUUAUGUUUCGGGUGUGUUUAGUGAUGUUGUACAUAUGUGUGCAUCUCCACUUGUGGCCUUGGUUGUUGUGUUGGCAUUUGAUUUUAUGGAUGAUGAGUUUAGUUGGCCUAGAAUAGGUACUUUGAUAGGAACAACUGUGGCUUUGGGAGCUUACUUCUACUCCAUGCACAAGAAAAACAAGAAGGAGAUGAUGGAACUUAAUUAA